CUCAUGAGCACUUUUAGGGUUAACAGAAAGUUGCUGAAUCCUAAAUUUGAAGGGUAUAAGUUCGACUUUGUUGACCAGAAUCAAGUCGUAGUUCGGCACCCUCUCCAGCAUUCUGCUUCUCAGGCGACUGCCUCCACUCAGUCUUGGCUUUCAUUCCAUGAAGUCCAAAGCAAGAUCACUCAUAAUCAUCUUGCACUGAACAACGAAGGAACGAGCGCUGUCUAUGUGGAUGAAGAUUAUAAUAUAGUGUUGAUCGAUAUAACUCCAGAAACUCUUUUACCUUCAUUCAGAGUUGUUUAUGAGCUCCCAAAACCGAUAUCUUCAUCCGUCGCUGAACUUCAUUCAGAGUAUCCCUCCGCUUCCUACCUAUCCUCUGACUUUUUACUCGUCGGUGAUGGAUAUGGAUAUAUGUACUUGCUUCGUACCUCGCUUGGCGCUUUCAACCUUGCAGGAAUUUACCAACUGGUAGUGGAUGGAAGUAUUCAGCCUUUCCUAAUCAAAUCCAUUGAUUGGGUAUCGCCUGAUUCUGCGGUUGCACUAUUAUCCUCCAGUCAUCGCGGACUAAAAUCAGACGCUUCUACGAAAAAGUCUACGCCAGUAGAUUUUGAUAUAUGGGCUGCCGAAGUGAAUAUAUCGCUGAAAGAACUUCCUGCGGUUGCUCAAACGAUGUCCGUUCUGUGGAAUCGACGAGGAGAUGAGGUCCCGAUUCUAUCCAAGUAUGAUGCGUCCCGCAAAGCCUUUAUGCUUAUCGGCGGAUCUCCUUACCGUGACUUGAAGGUCGUUACUUCACCACCAUACGAACCAUCUCCCGAUGAGGUUGCCCCAAUUCCUCGAACGGGUGAAAACUUAAAUGCUGAUCCUGCAAGACCGCCGCCUUAUUCAUGGACCCAGACUUCGGAUUCGGUCACUGUCGCAUUUCCUCUACCCUCUACCACGCCGAAAACCGCGAUCAAUGUCAAGUUUUCAACUACUUCGCUGAUACUUUCUAUUUCAGAUUCACUUUCAGCGCAUGUCGUAACAUUACCGUCAUUUUCUUCCAAAGCGUUCUGGGAUGGCGUAUCACCAUCUUCAAGCUACUGGACGUGGGAUAAGGACGCUGAGCAUUCUUUUGGCAUUCUCACUCUGCAUUUGGAUAAACAACAUGAAGGAACCAAGUGGAUGCAGGUGUUCGCAUCCGCAGGGAAAUCCGCAGCAGCUGAGUUAUCCCCAGAAGAUGCGGAAGUGCCGGAGACCCUUGACCCGUCUGAGCUGUGGCAUAUACGAGAAUCUUUGGAGAAAUACACUGCUGCCUUGCUCACUGGAGAAGAUGCGAGUGGUCUAGGUUUAGGCCAGGGUGUUCCCAGUCUUGCGGAAGGAGAAAUGGAUGAAGAAGUUGAUUCCUCAGUUGGGCGCACGGCAGUCAUAACUUGGGUCCACUUGGAUGGGUCGUCGCCGUCCUGGUCUAAUCCAGGCCAUGAAGACCCCUUUACACUUUUAUCGACGCCUUUUCCCGGCCAUCGCAUGCGCACUCCGUUUUCACUCGUGUUGAAAGAAGGGCUAGAUGGACCGACCUAUGCGCUUCAGCCUAUAUCUACUGAAUCGGAUUCUGAUACUGCAAAAUGGACUCAUACUUCUACCUUCCCAGCUCUUGGUUUCGUGCUAGCGUCUAAACAAGACGUUCGUUUUACCCACCACAACGAGAAUCUCGUGUUUGCGCUGGAGAGCGGCCUGCGGAAUGGUGGUGGGAAUAUGUAUGUGUAUCGAUGUGCCAAGCCCUCGGAAGUUUGGGCAAAGCAAUCGAUUCUAAAAAUUGGUGAUGGUGCUGGCGGGGCUUUACUUGGUGUUGGUGCUUUCCGCAUUGGGGGACGUGAUGUAAUCCUGGCUCUCACUGAGAGGCAGCUGGUAAUUGUUCAAACUUGGUAAAAACAAUGUAGUUGUAACUUGUAUCCCAAUCGUACCUAGUAGCCUUUAUGUAGGGUUAGGGCUGAUCAACUCAAAAACGUGACUGAUUCAAGACUGGAAC